AUGGCAAAAUUCAUCUCAGUCAACAAGUACAUGACAGAAGUCAAAGAAGAACUAGACCCAUUCGCUUAUUUGAAUGUUUACUUCUACCAUUUUGAAAAGUCUUCAUUCAGCAAAGUUUGGAACAUCGAACCAGUUAAGUUUGCUAUUGUGACUAAAAAUGGUGCGAAAUUUGAAGACUUAGACAUUGACGGUAUGUUGACAGUCAAAGAAAAUUUUGACAGAAGGUUCUCAAACCUUAAAGAAGGCAAAGCAUACAAACUUGUUAUACCUUAUGAACCAAAGAAAGCAGACGACUAUGA